AUUUGUAGUAGUAGGGUUAACUUGAAAUAGUAGAAAUAAGUAACUCCUGUGAAAAUAUUGAAGAAAAAGCUUGAAAAACACUGUUUACAGCAGGAAAACAGAUCAUUGUUCUGCGCCGGAAACACUGUUCACGCUGGAAACACUGUAGCUCGCCGAAAUCUACUAUAGCUGACGGAAAACUCAAAGUGGUCGGAAUGAAACAAAACCAGUGAGGGUAGGAUCGGAAUUACCAGGCGAUCCUAAUGUUCAACCGGAACUUUUUCAAAAUCUGGCCGGAACAGUGCUCACGCGCCGGCGCGUGGGUCAUAUUUCGCCGGAAUUUUUUUUCUUUUCCAAGCGCGUGAGGGCGCGUGGACGUGUGUUUUCAGGUGGGGUUGACUGGGGUUUGGUCGCCGGAGCCUGAGGAGUCUUGUGGUGGUGUUGGUUUUUGCCCAACACCUACAGAAAGUGAUUUGCUUACGGACAACCUUCUAAGUCGCCGGAAAAUUGCACGGCGAAGAUGUCUUUCUUCCCGGAAGUCGCUGGAAUGAUGCACAACGACGGGUUUCUCACUAAUGCUCUGAUACCAUGUGAGAAAGCACGGGAGAAAAUAUGUUAUUGAUAUUGGAUAAUAAAUACAAUACAAGGAGAUAUAUCUGCUCUUCCAAUGUGGGACAAAACUACACUAUACAUAUCUGUAAACUAACAGUAUUGACCUUAGAUGCAGUUCAUUUCUUAUAUUGUCUUUGGCUUGGAAUAGAAGAAAGAAUGGCUACAUGGUAUACAACAACAACAAAAACCACCCAGAAGAAUCCCACUAGUGGGGUCUGGGGAGGGUAGAGUGUACGCAGACCUUAUCCCUACCCCGAAGGGAUAGAGAGGCUGUUUCCGGGAGACCAUCGGCUCAGAGACAAUAAAUCCGUAAUAAUAGAAUCCAGAAAAAUAGUAUUAGCAUCGUAAAAAUGGCUACAUGGUAUCUGACCUGAAUUUUCUUGAUAAGUCAAAGUAAAUCUUCAGUGCAUAAAGCGGGCUUUAAAUGCAGUUGUUUAAUGGAGCUUCGUCGAUUAUAAUUUUGGCAGAAUUAGUUGUAGGAUUUUGUGCUUUAUUGCAUAGAGGAUAUUGUUGUGUUCCCUCAAAUCUAAAUUCAAGGUGCUAUUAUUCACAGUGAGUACUCCAGCUUUAUGGACUUGUUAGAGUAUGUUGCAUUAGCCACAAAUUUUGCAUUUAUUUCCAGAAGGUCAUCCUAUUUAUUUAUAUCUGGACACAAUGGUGUUAAUGUUGGUUAACAAAUGAUUGUUCCCAGUACAUAGGUGCUAACUAACAAGCUUGACUUCUGAAAUCCUUAAGAAAUUCAUAGUUACAUUCCAUCUUUCAAUUUCUGCUAUCACUUCGAUAAAUUAAAGUAGUUCUCCUUGUCUCCCUGACAGGUUUAUGCGCUGAUGUCAUUCUUGUCACUCGUUCUAAAUAAGAACGCCAUCUAUUUUAAUUCCAUACGGGAAAUAUAUGAGGCUUGGGUCAUAUAUAAUUUUCUAUCACUCUGCCUGGCAUGGGUAGGUGGCCCAGGAGCUGUUGUUCUAAAUCUGAGUGGCCGAGUUAUAAAGCCUAAUUGGUAUCUGAUGACGUGCUGCUUUCCUCCAAUUCCUUUGGAUGGGCGCUUUAUUCGGAGGUGCAAGCAGGGAUGUUUGCAGUUUGUGAUCCUCAAGCCCAUAUUAGUGGCAGUCACAUUCAUACUUUAUGCAAAACAGAAAUAUGAGGAUGGAAAUUUCAGUCCAAUGCAAUCCUACCUCUACCUCACAAUUAUCUAUACUAUCUCAUACUCGAUGGCACUUUAUGCCUUGAUCUUGUUUUACGUGGCAUGCAGAGAUUUGCUCCAGCCAUUUAAUCCAGUUCCAAAGUUUAUCAUAAUCAAAUCUGUUGUAUUCCUUACUUACUGGCAGGGAGUUCUGGUGUUUCUUGCUGCGAAGGCUCGAUUUAUUAAAGAUACCGAGGAAGCUGCAGAGUUUCAGAAUUUUAUAAUUUGUGUUGAGAUGCUUAUUGCUGCUGCCGGCCAUCUUUUUGCCUUUCCAUACAAGGAGUAUGCUGGAGCUAAUGUUGGUCCUUCUCAUGGCUUUUUGGCUAGCCUUGGCCAUGCCCUUAAACUUAAUGACUUUUACCAUGACACUGUCCACCAGUUUGCUCCGACUUAUCAUGAUUACGUGCUCUAUAAUCAUAGCGAGGGUGAUGAGGGAGCAAAAAAAUACAGGGCGAGGACUUUUGUCCCAACUGGUACAGAGAUGGAUACUGUUAGGAAAAGCAAGAAGAUAUCUGCAAACAAAUUGGAAUAUAUACAAUUCUCUAGUCUCUCUUCUGCUAGCAGUACUUCCGAAAAUGCUGGGAUUGGCUGUCAAACUGGGAAAUCAGAGGCAGUGAAUUCUUCAUUGCUGAUAGAUGCAUCAAAUAGUGUCUCAUUGUCCCAUGAUCUCUCUCACAUUGAUGUUGACUUGACAAAUUAUCCACCUAAGGUUCCUGCAGCUAACGUGUCAGGGACAUGCUGACAAAUAGAAAAUGUUUAUUCAAGUGACUAAUACUAGCAAAAUAUGUAUUUUUAAUGGGUCAGAUGGCAGCAAAGUUGGUCACAAUUGUAUAUUUCUUACCCAUUGAUUUGCAAGGCCUUACUCUCUCUCUCUCAAUUGUAUAUCUUCGUGGUUAGUGGGUGGGUGUGAAAUUACUCCCUAUUGUCUCUCGAGAAUCUGUUUAUAGAUGCUGUUCUCGUGUUUUCCAUUUGAUUCUACUAUAGGAAGGCAAUUCUAUUA